UAGGUCUGGAGUGUGUGGGGGUGAAAGUUCAGCAGCAUGGCUCUCAAGUAUCAGGUGACAAUGUGGGAAAGUUGCACACCCCAAGCAGCUUAAAUCUUCACAAAAAAACUGGAGGACAGGAGAAGAAGCGAGCAUGACGAGUGAGAGGGACUCAGCACAGAGCAGGGAGGAGGAGGAAGAUUCGGCUCUGGGUUAUUACGACGAGGAAGACGACCUGGAGGCGUUCUCAGACACGGAGCUGGGCUGUGAGGACGGAGAGUUGGGCUUCACGAAUCCUCUGAAUGGAGAGGUCAAACCUCGUAUCCUGUUAAUGGGCCUGAGGAGGAGUGGGAAGUCCUCCAUCCAGAAGGUGGUUUUCCAUAAAAUGUCCCCUAACGAGACCCUAUUCUUGGAGAGCACCAACAAGAUCUGCAGAGAGGAUGUCUCCAACAGCUCCUUCGUCAGCUUCCAGAUCUGGGACUUCCCUGGCCAGAUCGAUUUCUUUGACCCCACCUUCGACUAUGAAAUGAUCUUCAGAGGCACCGGGGCGCUCAUCUUUGUUAUCGACUCACAGGAUGACUAUGUGGAGGCUCUGAGUAGACUGCACCUCACAGUGACCAGGGCCUACAAAGUCAACCCCGACAUCAACUUCGAGGUGUUCAUUCACAAAGUGGACGGCCUGUCAGACGACCAUAAGAUCGAGAAGCAGAGGGACAUCCACAAACGAGCUAACGACGACCUAGUGGAUGCAGGCCUGGAGCGAAUACACCUGAGCUUCUAUUUAACCAGUAUAUAUGAUCACUCCAUAUUCGAGGCCUUCAGUAAAGUGGUCCAGAAGCUCAUUCCGCAGCUGCCCACGCUGGAAAACCUGCUCAACAUCUUCAUAUCUAACUCGGGUAUUGAGAAGGCCUUCCUGUUCGAUGUGGUCAGUAAGAUCUACAUUGCAACAGACAGCAGUCCAGUAGAUAUGCAGACCUAUGAACUGUGUUGUGACAUGAUCGAUGUGGUCAUUGACAUCUCCUGCAUCUAUGGUCUCACAGACAGUGAAGCUGGGUUACCCUAUGACAAGGAGUCUAUGGCCAUCAUCCACCUGAACAACACUACGGUCAUGUACCUGAAGGAGGUCACCAAGUUCCUUGCCAUGGUCUGUUUCCUCCGCAAGGAAAGCUUUGAGAGGAAAGGCCUGAUUGACUACAACUUCCACUGCUUCAAGAAGGCCAUCCAGGAGGUGUUCGAUGUUCGAGUUCAGGUCCAACAGAAUCGUAAACUCCUGAGUCAGAGGAGGUGGAGCAAACUCUCUAUGACCAACGGAGGGCUCAGCAACCCUCCCUGAUGACGUCCCAUGGGACAAAUGAACCCGGAGACAUCCUGGAGACCCCGUCCUGGUCCUGGUGAUCCUCUGGGCUCCUUGAUCUGUUCCAUCGUGGGUUUUUUUAUAUUGCUUGGAAACACCCAAUCCUGACCAAAUCCACUUGCAUCAUCUCGGUCCUCAGAAGCAGUUUGUCAACAGCACAGGACAAUCUUUUCUUUCAUCAGGAUUGCUUUUUCUGCACUUUGUUUUUGAGUGGACUCGACCAGAAAUAUGUGCAGGUUCAGUGAUUUUAAUUCUCCGUAGCAGGCAGCAUCAUGUUCUUUCUGAUCAACCCUUAUAGUGUUAAUAUUUAAACACAUAAACAGCAAGUUAUACCUUGAUGUGAUUUGAAAAUGAGGAGAUUUUAGUCAGAAAAAUGUUAUCUAAUUAUUAUUAUGUAUAAUUUGUUUGAUAUUCAAUGAGACAGUCAAAUGACAGACGCCAAAAACCCUUUCUGUUUUUCACUGGAGAUUACAUUGUUAAUAUGACUACAGAUUUCUGGAAUAUAAUAGAAUAUAUGACGCUUAAACCUUCUACCUACUAUAAUAAUAAUAAUAAUCCAUUUUA